GAAGUGGUCCGUGGAGAAGCGAUGUCAUAUACCAACGGUUCUUCGUUAAAGGGCCCCGAAGCGAAUACUUUGAGGUUGCAAGGGGUUAGACGAUUGAAGAUACGCGGGCCGCUGAUCGCGACAGAGACGUGGAUAUCCAGCGAGCUGUAGAUGCUUUCCAAGCCAAGGCGAUGCGUCUCCGGCGAGAAGAGGCAAGCAGGAUUGAUGAACAAAGCGACUUCGGCCCCCCAAACUCUUGGCUACGACGGCUGGGGGCUGCUUCCCAUCUGAAGUAUUUCAGCCAUAAGAAGGCUUUUCUGCGAGGGCUUAUAUCGAUGGAAUAUAGCAUUGACUCAGACCAACCGCAACACAGUGACGAUGAUGCACUUAGGCACAUCCACUCUGCUUUCGACUCUUUGGUCAUGGAGGCAAAGCUGAUUCUAAGACCAGAGAUCGUAUCGUGGAAUGCGCUGUUUGAGGUCAACCGGAAAGAGCUCAAGAAAGAGCGAUCCAAGCCGUUCCAUUUCAGGCUUAGGCCGGAGACGCAAAGGAGAUACGCAUUACAAUGGAAGCAGUUUCUGGCAUAUGUUGUCCGGGCCAUGGCUCUGGGGGAUCCGUCUAAAAGGCCGCCUUUCAAGCUCAGCAGGAAACAAAAGGACGCUUUCGAGACGCUUAUAGGCAAUGCGAGAAGGCUAGCGGGCGUUUGGACAGACGAGUGCGACCCAGAAGAAGCCAGCUUUGCUUCGUUGCUCGACACCGUUAAGACCGACGUCUUGGAGCUGGCCAUAUCCACGCUGGACCAUUUCACCAAGGCUACAGAGUAUGACAGCGUGCUCGUUAGCUUCUUGAUGGUUCUUAGUGUACGAGUAGACGACCUACAUUGGUAAGACUCUGAUUUACUCUAGCAGAGUUGAUUUAAUUAACCCUUGUACGACCCACUAUGCGGGGGGUAGAGUUGAUUUAGAAGAUUUCCGCAAGAGGUUUAGUGAAAUAGCUAUCUAACCCCUUUACUAAGCCGGCGAGUGAGCCAGGUUGUCUCGGUCCGGUGUAGGGAGUCUCAGAUAAGGAGGCAAAUGUCAUCGCAGCCGCCUGGGUUAGCAAGCGCAGGUUGAAGUUUACGAUACAAUUGUUAAGGGAAAUAGUGUAAAUCAGGCUAGGAUUGAUUACAGACUUUAAGAUAGAAAGUGGUGUU